CAAGUCCGGAAAUGAGCCAUGAAAAGUCGUUGUUUCAGUUUCAAAAGCGUUAUUAUAUGUUACUUGGUUUUUGGAAAAAAAAGUCACCAAUAGUGUUUUGGGAGAACAGAGAAAAUAAUUGUGAAUCAAUUUAUUUCAGUUGUUACACUGCAUGCUCUGCCAAUAGACGCAACAAUGGAUCUGGAUGUCCUUCAGUAUUUGGCCAAGGCCAGGAAAAAACAAGACCCCGCAGCUUUGCAAUCAGCCUUCAAUGAAUUGGAAGAGAUGACAGAAGCUGACUCAGGAGGACCACUCAGCUUUGACCAACAUAUGUACAUCUCCUGCGCAGAAGUAGCUCUGGCGCUGGGUUGUUUAGAGAUAACUGCAGCCUGUCUGAAGAGGUUCUUUGAUGGCAAUCCACCAGCUGACCAAUAUUUGUGUCGAGCCUUCCUCUGUCAGAGCCAACUAAAGGUUCCCCCACCCACAGGGAGCAUGGGAGACUUUAAAGAAAAUGUGCAGUAUUUUCUGAAAGCAAUUGACAUUUCAAAGCGAGAGAAAAGAUCGCACUACAUUGUGUUCAAUGCCUCAGUACUGUAUCUUCAGAUGGUGCGUCCUCUCCUGCAGCCAGGGCGGUGUUGCCAGCUCAUAUCCUCCCUCAGGCAGGUGGUCAAAAGUCUGGAAUUGGUGGCAGACAAGGACCACAGCUGGAGGGCUGAACUCAUGAUGCACCUAAUUGACUCUCUUUUGGACGCUGGGAAAACUGAUGACGCUGCAAGUUAUGCCAGAGUUACAGAGGAAUUCAUCAGAAAACACUGCCCACAUCUUUAUUCAAACGUCUUUCGUUUACAGGUGUGGCAUAACCUGUCAAAAAGGGAAAUCCUCCUGAAAAAAAGCCGUCAGUCUACUACCUUAACGGUCAUUUACAAAAUGCUGCAAUUUAAAAGGGGGUUGGCAGAAAUAAAUGAAGAUGAACUUGCAAAAAAGGAUUUCAAUGAGCUUGAGGAGAUUUUUAGUCUCCUGGGAGACUCCACAAAAGCUUCUCUCCGGAUACCCGUCCCGCCAGCUCACAGAGUGUCCUUCCUCCUGGAGCUCGCUCUGCUGUCCUUACAAGGGAAGAAUCACAAAGUGGCUUCGAAAUGUUUAAAAAGGUUAAAGUCAACAGGGGAGAUUAGUAUCGGUGAACAAAUAAUAAUGGAGUGUGUCAACUGUGAAAUAAACCUCCGGAAGAAAGAGACAAAGACGAAUGAUUAUUCCAAAUCCAGUGUGGAGGCCCGUCUAAAAGCAAUCGGAAAGCUAAAUCACUGUCUGCAGACUGCACUCAGAGAAGGGGACCCUCAAGCCGUGCAAGCGGUGUGUGCGACCCAGUGGAGCUUUUGUCUUCCGCUUUUGCAGCAUAAUCUCCGCAGACACGUCAAGACACCUCUGUCGCGGGUGGCCCAAGCACUCGAAGACAUGCAAUGCAUGCUGUUCCCAGUUCGAUGUCAGGUCCAUGCCGAGCUUGCAGUGACUGAAGAGGAAGACGGGCUCCUAGAGGCUUCAAUGGCUCACCUCCAGAAAGCCAUGUUGCUGGAUAAUGGCACACAGAAAGAAAGAUUGUCGUCAGCUUUCCAUCUCCUACAGCUCAGAAGAAACCUUUAUCAAACGCCCUCUCGGAGCGAGGAUAAAGCCGCGAUGCUUAUGCAGCAGGUCAAGGACAGGCAGCCCCAACAGAAUACAGAUUGCCGUCCUUUACUGCUAACUGUGGGUCAACUGUUGGCACCUGCUGAUUUCCAGAUGGUGCUGAAUGCAGACAACAUCUCGAAAAUUACCAAAGCCAAUGUUGGGUGUGGACCGAUAGCGCAGCUCUCUGCUGAGGCUCAUAAUUACUAUGCAGCUGUGCAGAAGUUGGAUGGAUACCUGGAUCGACAAGGAGAAAACACUGACAACACAGAGAGAUUGAGGCUUUGGGCCACCCUUGCAAAGACUGCAAGAAAACAGGAGGUCUGGGAUGUGUGCAGAGUGGCUGGUCGAUUCUGUUUGCUCUAUGAUGAAGCGAGAUCAAAGAUGUCCAGAUGUCACAAAUCAAAAUGCUCAGAGGAUGAAAGCCCUCCCGAAAACUUUAACAGCUUUGAAGAAUAUCAACCCUGUGCGAAGAAGUUGCGCCUUUUAGCCGAAAUAUGCUUUAUAACCGCUGAGGCUACUGCACAAAAACUACAAAUGCAAGGUGUGCAGCUCAACAGCCCUGCGGUCCUGCCACAGGAUGUCGGUGUGUCUGAAGAUGAUCCACAUUGGAUUAUUUACAGAGACUGGAUCCAGGAUCUGUCUGCCUACGCCACGUCCACUUUCCUGCGAGCAGCGGAGCUUGGCACACAGAUCAGGGAACCCUGGGUUGUGGCAAAUUCCGCCAUUUAUUUAUGGAACUACAACAGGCACUUGCUGGUGACUGGAGACUAUAACUGUCUCAUCCCCACCUUCCAAAGCCUGGUAGAGAUGUUCCAAAAGACGGAGUGCACAGGAAAUCAUGCUCUGUUGGUCCUCCUUUGUGAUGCUGUUGCUCGAGGUUUGUACCAGCAUCUCGCUGUACCAGAUAACAUGGAACAAGCCUAUCCACAAGAGAAGGGAAAAGUAAAAUCAGAGAAAGCCAUCGUUAGUCAAGCUGCUGUGCUCGACCCUGAUGCACUCCUUAAGGUCCAAAAAGCUUUUGAGCUGUGUAACUACGCCCUUUCCAUAUCCAAUGGCAACACCAUAGGAGAGGCAGUACCCAUUGCUGUCCAGAAGCAACUGGUGGCUACAUGGGCGCAGAUCAAAAUCCUCUUGCAGCAGCAGACUGGCUGCCAAACGGACACAGAUGAAAAGAAUGAAGAAAUGUCACCUAUGACUCGUGUGCUGAUUGCAGUGGAGAUGCUUCAGUCCUAUAAAGAUUCCAGUCCCUCGGAGGGUUAUGAUCCCAGUCUCUCAACACUGGUGACCAUGGUGUCGAAUUGCAACUGGACUGAUGCUGUGGUGGAGUUACAGACGUGGUGUCAGCUUGCUGCCUUCUGCCACCAUGCCAAGGAAUACAGUUUGGUCCUGAGCUGCACUGAAAGAGCGAUGCAGCUCGAGGAUGCAGCAUCCAAGUGUCUGAAUACCACCCCUUGUCUUUUGUAUGGUUUACCUGCAGUGAAUGAGAUGCUGAGCACAGCAGCCUGUUUGAGGGGCUUGAGUUCAAUCCAUGAGUCCAUUGGAGAUGUACACAUUUACAAGACAGCCAUGGACAUGCUUCUGUCUAGUGUCAGGUAUGCACAAAAGGCUGGGCAUUCAGAACUUUGUUUUACAGCCGCCAGGCAUUACUGGAACAAUUGCCUACCUCUAACACAUUCACCGGAGGAAAGACACCAGCUCAAAGAGCCGUUGGAGGCAAUUCUCAAUGCCCUGCUUCACACUUAUCCCAAACAUACAAAUAAACAGGACAAAGUGAAACCUUUGCAGAAAGGAGCCCCUCUUGGUAGUUCUAAACCUGAAGCACCAAAUGAAGAAGCCCUAACCCUGAGAUCAUCGAUGUACUGUCUGUUGCUUCAAAUAUACAUUGAUAGAACAGAUUGCAAUGGUGCUCUGCAGCUGUUGGACAAUGCAGUUAGGGACAUGCCUGGCACCAAACACCGACUACUUCUGCUGAAAUAUCGCAUUCAGAUCAAGGCGCGGCUGGGGGAAAGCGUAUUAAUGGACAUGCAGACCUUACAAGGCAAAGAAGAGCAGAAUUGUUCAUUAAUGUGGCACAAAGCAGCGCUGUGUUCCUGCAACGUAACACAGCAGCUGACCUGCUAUCAGAAAUCAGUCACCUCUCUCAUGUCUGAGGAAAAUCAAUGGCAAAAGGUCAGCUUCCUGCUGGCAUUUGGAGCAUGGCUGUACUGUCACAACUUGUCCACAGAGGAGGCUCAGCACCAAGUUCAGUGGGCCAUUGACAUUCUUCUACAUUUGGAAACAGAUCAGUCAGAAAAUUCAGGUGGACCUGUGUCAGAAGAAGACUCACAGGAGAUGGAUCCGGGCUCAGUAAAAUGUGAAACUCUAGCUGUUGUUCAAGGACUGUCAUUCGCACAGACUGUGUCCAGUCUGAGGGAGGUGCAACGCCUUGACAGCUUGGUACAAGCACACACUCUGCUUGCUGUCAUGGCAGACAGAAAUUCAUCCGAGCACCAGUUCAACCUGCUCAGAGCAUACGACUUUGUUCUCCAAAUAUGGCAGGUGUCAACAGCAGUUGUUUCUGUGACUCCCAGUGAAUUUCCAAAAGGCCUGUGUCCCACUCCUGCUGGAAACAAAAAAGACAAGGGCAAAGGAAAAAAAGUGAAAGAUCCAACCCCACCAGAGGUGACUCCCAAGCCUGUCUUGGAUUCCACUCAUCCUUCUACUCUGGAGUACUGGGUUAAAUACAAUUGCUCGGAUCAGGUCCGUUACACGUUCAAAACUAAUUGUAACCCACAGUGCAUCAGUAUUCACAGCAUUACAAAUCAGACCCAGAGUUUGUUUUAUCUUGAUCUUCUGGAAAAGGAGCUCCACUCACUCUCACUGAACCAUCUGACUCUACCUGUUAUGCACCUAGCUGAAACAUUUGCUCAUGACCUUUUGGAAAGGAUGAGCCUAUCUGAUCUGUAUCGACUCAGAAUAGUAAAGACCUGCUCUCAACUUGGCAUGGAGUCUCAUUGCUCAUAUCACGAGAGUCUGUUGAAUCUGAUGAAAAUACAGGAAGAAGAACAAAUCAGGUGCCACGGAGCAAUCACUCUUUUACAGGAGAGAAGACGCCUUUACACGUCUCAUAAUCAGAAAUCAGAUACGGAGUCACAUUUACAGAGGAAGAAUUUUUUCCGGCUGAAUAUUUGGGUUGACAAAGCAGAAGUCUGCCUGGAGAUGGGACUGUACCAAGGAGCCCGGCAACUGCUGGCAGAAGCUCAGUUGGUUGCAUUAGAAUUUGAAGACCAGACGGUCAUGCCAAGAAUCUUGCUUGGUAUGGCUACUCUCGCAUGUGACGAACAUAACCACCCGCAGGCCCUUUACCUACUGGAUAAGGCCCAAGCCCUAGGCGGGGACGAGCACUUUUGGUACAAGUUUACACUCACAAAGGUUGCUGCUGUUGUAGGCCAGAGACUCCAUGAUGCACAAUCAAAGAUUGACCAGAUCAUCAAGCAAGGGUGUGAGGCUUUGACAGUGGUUCUGAAGCAAAGGGUGAAUCGAGUCUCAGAGAUUACCUUUUUAAUUGCAUCAUUGGAAAUGAGGGGUGCCAUUGAGUGUUUAAGUGCCAUGUCUGACAGUGAUCCUGGAGUUGCACUCUCCACUAAGGAAAUGCAGAUGCUAAAAGCUGCUUGUGAUACACUCGGGCAAUGUGCAAAGGUUUUCACUCAACUCAACUACAGAGACCAUGCUGCAAAGAGCAAUGAAGAGUGCACAUAUGGUCUGAGAUUUCUGGCCAACAAGGCUACAGACAAAAAGGAGAAGCAGCGUUUUCUGCUCGAUGGACUCUCUCACAUGCAGUUAGCAAUCUCAGAACAAGAACGUGUGGUUUUGAAUGCCGAAAACCUGCUCCACCUGGAAGAGGCAAAUUGUGGAGUGAUAUUGUCACCCAAGUGGACACUACUACGCCUCCGUCUCACCCUGGCAGAUGUUUGCUUGGCAAUACUGGAGGAACAUUGUGAAGAAAUAGUAAACCGAGCUCUGGUCAAGGACAAGACUAUUGCUGAGAUAGCAAUUGAAGAUUUUAUGCGCAGCAUUCCCGAAACCAACUCCACGGCCCGCGGGCCGUAUGAAGGUACAUGUGGCCCCACCGCCACGUUUACGGAAGAUGAUAACUUUGGGAAAGAGAAGGAAAGUACUUUAAGCAGUAAAGAGUCCAAGUUGACCUCUGCUAAAAGCACCCAUUUGCAGCAAAAAAAGCGGAAAGUUGAGCUGCUCUUGGCCCAAGCCAAGAACGUACUGUCUGAAACUGUUAGUCUUUGUCUUCAACACAAUUUGUCAGCCUCCAUCUUGAGUGAUGCCUCUGUCAAUAUGCUGGAGUGUCUUGGCCAGACAGACCAUGAUUUGGCAUGUCAGUACCUCGCCUUGUUUCAGAGUGCUUGUACUGUUGAUGUCAUGGCUGAUGUUUUAAAUGUGGCCUGUGACGACACCAGUGUGUCCCAGCUCUCAGCUCUACUCAGCCUCUACAGGAAACUCCUUGUCUCUCAAGAGGGCAGGCCCACUCAAGUGUUGGAAGGUGUAAGACACUCCCUGAACAGCAUUUCCAAGGUACCAGCCCCCCCCCCCCCACACUCAACACCUUGUGAACUGUGUGUGUUGUGUUUUAGAUCAGAACUUUACGGCGCUGUCUACAAGGUCCCUGAAUGUGUGGAAAAUCCAAAACUAAAGACAUCACAAGGUUCACUGACAUGCUUUCAGGUGGCUAAGGUUUCUGUCUGCCCGAGGGCUCUGCUGGCUCUUCGAGAGCAGACGCAGGCCUUUGACCAAAAGAUGAGACACGCACUCCUCAAGGAGGCCUCUUUGCAUGAUGGAAGAGUGGAAGCCUCUGACGAUGCUCAUCCGAGAUCCGAUGAAGAAAAUACAUUAACAUUUCACUUCAGAGAAAUUGUUCAACAAAUGGAAGAAUACUUGAAUCCACUAAUUUCUCAGUUGGACUUCACUUUCUUGAGUUCCCAAGAGUCAACUGAGCUGGGUUCUGAAAAGGCCCAAACCAAAAGUGAAGAAAAGAAAGUAGCAUCACAUGAAGAAGGAACAGCGGGAGAAUUUGUGGUUUUGCUGGCAGAUUCAAAGUUGAUGGAGUUGCCACUGGAGGCGCUGUCUGUCCUUGAGGGAGAUCUUCUCAACUCUAUAUCUCGAGAUUUCUCCCUCCAGCUUUUCUGCAGUCGUAUCCCAAGAGAAGAGCCUACGAAAGUGGUGGAAAAGGACCCCAAAGCGGGUAAAGGCAUAAAGGGGAAAGCCGAUCAAAGCCAAGCUAUCAAAGCGUUCUUAGAAAGGCGCCCACAAAUAAAAUGUAUUAUUAUUAUUAUUAUUAUUAUUAUUAUUAUUAUUUCUCACAUUCCGAACUUCAGCUUUGAUUCCAUUGGCCAAUUUGUCUCCUGCAAAUGUCUCUCGGCUGCUCUUUGCCAAUGUGCCACAUGCACGAUACCUGCCAGUCAUGUUCUGCCUGAACGCACCGUCCCAGCGAACUCACAGAACUUCAAAUGCAUCUUUAAUGACAAAGACAUUGUCAACACUUUCAACAAUUUUGAAGGGACCACUCUUGUUGAGAGGAUGAAGAUGAACUGGGGCGCAUACGGUCAGCACUUUAACCGUUUGUUGGCAGGCUUUUUGGGCAUCAAACAAACUCCCAGUUUGAGUGAGUUGGAAAAGGUGCUGUGCAAAUGCAGUGGAUUCAUGUACCUGGGAGCGGAACGCUUCUUGACUCCAGUCCCACCUGCCAAACUCGCAGCUCUCAAUUUGUCAGAAUGCCAUAUGGCUCUUCUGUUUGACCUGGUCCAGAGUAAUACCAAUGCUGUGCACUCAUCCAACUUUGACGUGGACAAAAGGGCAGGACAACGCACCCUCGAGAAGCCCUCGGAGGUCGCUCUGCUAUUGAGCCUGAAUGGCGUCAACUGCAUUGUCCUCAACCAGUGGCAUAGCAGCCUUCAACAGAUCUCAGAAUACAUGACCAACUUUUUGGACAGUUUUCUGAGCGGCAGACAGACCUCCGGUCAGAUUGUCCAUUCCCUCAGGCGAGAUGAUGAUGAUGAGGAGGAGGAUGCUGAUGAUAAUGAUGCCACGGGAUCAGAUGAUCACAAUUCUGUCUGUGACUCAAAAGAAAAACGUCAGCGCAAACCUGAACUGACACCAUCAGCCUUCAACUGUGUUCUUUAUGGUCUCCCUAUUGUGACCGGCGCAUAAAGCUAUUAAAGUCACUCGGAUAUUGCAUUGCGCUUUAAGUGUAUUGACUACUGAAACACAGGCAGCGAAAUUCCAAAUGCAUGUGACAGGAAAUCCCAGAUGACAAAGCGCACCUGAUAUAAAGCCACAACAGCUAAAAUUUAGAUAUAAAAAAAAAUCGACAAAUAUCGGCGGCUAAUACCAUGGGACAUUUGCAAAGAAAUUGACUCCUUCCUCUUCCUCAUGUUUUCCUUGCCCCCCCCCCUCCCACCACCACCUUCCAUCUAAGAAACUUGGGGCGCUAAAAUUAACCGCCAGGCUUCCCGUUGUCCCCCCUUCUCCUGAUUAUUUUUCAUGUUUCUUGGAUGCAUUGUGACUAUGAAGAAACAUUCCUGGUAUUUUUACAUACUUGACCAAUAAAUAUCAUUUUUAUUCUGAAAA